AUGAGGCUCAAAAUAUCCCUCCUGCCGCCGUUUGAACAACAAAAAUGCCUCCUGCCCGUACCAGACGACAUCAAAACCAUCACCCAGCUCAAAAAGCUCCUCAGCAAAUCACUCUCCACCGUCGCGUGCACUGCUUCCUCACCGAAGGAUCUGGUUCUGGAAGUGGAUGGAUUUGAACUGCUGGCGGGCAGUGGGGUCGAGGUGAUCGAAGCGGGGGAUGUUGUUUGUGUCCGCCUGGCCCCCGGCAGCUGCAAAGAAGCUGCAAUCAAGAAUGAGAAGAAAGAGAAGGCAAGGGAGAACGGAAAAAGGAAAAAGAAAGAUAGGAAGCGAAAGCAGAGCCCCUCACUUGAAGAUCGGAGGGGAGAGAAGAAGAGGAAGGUGUCGGAAACACCUAAGGUGCAAAAGUCAGUUGUGAAGAAGACCCCUAUACCAGCACCAGCUCCUGCUCCCGCACCAACUGCACCUGUGCAGAGACCAAGGUCGCUUUCUAUAUCAUCAUCGUCCUCCGACAGCUCAUCAUCAUCGUCUUCAUCCUCGUCAACUUCAUCGUCCUCUGGCUCGGAUGCCUCCUCCUCGUCGUCUUCGUCUUCGUCGUCUUCAUCAUCUUCCUCCUCGUCUAGUUCCCCAGAAAGCGAGCUUCCAACAAGUAAGGCUACCGACGAUCUCAAUGUGUUUCUCAAUGCCAGCACUUCUACCCCCAAACAAACCAUUUACCGUCCCAUCGAAGGCAUAAAGUCCAUACAAACGCCGCCCUCUGUCCCUGCCGUCCCACCCGGCGAAGGCAAGCAGAGUACCCAGAGUCGCAACGCCCGCCGGCGCCUCGCCCGGCAAUACAAACGCGCCGCUGAAUCCCAAACCCUAACACCCAACGGUAAUACCUCUGCCGCACAGUCCAUCAUUGGAGACAACACAAGGGGACAAUCGACAUCCGGGUACAUUUCCGAAGGGAGGGCCGAUGAAAGUCUAGUAGCGGGGGCUGGGAGCGGGGACUUAUCGAUCCCUGUGCCGGAGGGUAUGGCGAACAGAAACAAGAAGAAAGGGUUCAAAAAGGAGAUGGAGGGAAAGAGGGGGGUGAAGACUGUAUUUGGGGAAUCGGGAGGGGCACAUGGUGAGGCCUCGUUAGCGGCAGGGAGUCAACCUUCGUCCCUUGCCACAAACCCAACGAUCCCGGUAGCCUCUGGAAGCCGAUUGGGGCACACAUCUGUGACGCAGAACUCUGAGAGAGAUUGGACCCAGGACGGUCUCCCAUACGGUGAUCCCGAGGAAACCCAAGCACAAUCUACCACCAACACUUCCAGCGCACCGCGCAACGCCUCCUUCAAUAGUCUGCCGAGUAAUCUGUUCAUAACGAGGAAGGAGUUUGGGACGGGGUACUACAAGCCGUUGAAGAAGGGGAGGGACUAUGAAGUACGCGGGCAAAGUGAAGGUGGUGGUGUAAUGGAGACUGAGGAAAGUACUGAAGUGGAAACCGAGGAAGAAGUACCGGGGGAACCGACUGGACUUUCUGGUGGGGAGACUUUCAUAGACGGGGCGACAAUGUGGGAGACUGUUGAAGUCAAAUUCGAUGGCUACAAGGUUCUGUCGGACCCCGCGUCUCUCAAACCUGGAGACUACCUGACAUACAAGGAACUCAUACUCGACCCUUACACAUUUUCGCCCGAGCUGCAGCUGCGCAUUGCCAGGGUUGUCUCAAAGCAGAAUGGAAAGGUAGAAAUGGAACGGCUGCAGCGGGCUGUGGAAGAUGGGUACGAAGAGGAAGAGGCGAUGGAAGACGAUACAGGUGAAGAGUCAACGCAAUUCACUCUGGAUGUGGAAAACGCCAAACUAAAUAGCUGGAGACUGGUGGCAUGA